CUCUGUCGUUUCGGGCCUUGCGUUCUCCGUCUUCCUCCUCCGCGAAACGUUUCAGAAUCGCAUAUGUCUGCUAAUUCUGCCAAAGAGAGGCUCCGCCUCCAUUGAAGGUUCUCCCGCCAAGCAUUUUGCAGCAAAAGCGCGAUACCUUCAUGAAUCCCUCACCGUCGCCAUAUCCAAACCAGCCGUUCUCCUUCUUCCCAGCAAUCCCAAACCCUAACCCCAGUCCCAUCUUCAACCUUGACCCCAAUUCCUAUCGCCCUCUUCCCCAAAACCCUCAUCCGCAAAAUUCGGCCGCCGCAGCUCCGGAUCUCUCUGCGACCCUCUCCAACCUCAAAUCCUUAAUCACUCUCUCCGAGCAAACCUUUACCUCCCUCGCCGCUGUCCUCCCUCCGAAACCCCAUAAUGACGGCCACGUCCCCUGCCCUUUCAACCCCCACCACCGCAUGCCGCCGGAGUCGCUCUUCAGUCACCAUCUCCACUGCCCGACCUCUCUCGACCUCGGCCGCGCCAUAGAUUCUCUCAAUUACCCCAAGACCCUCAAAUCCUCCGAUGAGCUUGCGAAGGAAAACCGCUUUGUUCAAAGACUGAGCGAUCCCAAUGCUGAGCUUUGCUUCACAUUGGAUGAUUACACUGAUUUUAGGGAAAGCUUGAAUUCUUUUUACGAGUAUUGUCCAGGUGUUGUUUCUUUUCCAAGUGAAGAUAGCAGCACUAAGAGGGCUUUUACAUUGCUGGGUUCUUUGUCAGUCGAAUGUGCUAAUUUUAUCACUGACCGUAAUGGAGAGGUAGAGGCUGUUGAUGAAUCUCGUGUUCGGCUUUUGCUCUCAGAGUAUUGGUGGGUUCAGAAUGAAGUUGGGGCAUGGAAUGAUUAUCCAAGUACAUGUACCUAUCACGUUGUUUGCGCUAUAUUGGGUCUCGGGAUGGUUAGAGAGAAUGAUUUGCGGAGAUGGGUGAUUAUUGAUUCUCCGAGGUUCGGUAUUGUGAUUGAUGAACCAAUGAGGGAUCAUGUAACUGUGCUGCUUACGCUGUGCCUAAAAGCCAUUGCCAAGGAAGCUCGGACUCUGGUGAAGUCGAGGAGUUCGACUAAGUUUAAUUGUCCGAUUUUGGUUCAGGUGAUGAUGUGGUUGGCAUCUCAGCUCUCUGUUCUGUAUGGGGAAGUGGGUGGGAAGUUCUUUGCAAUUGACUUAUUCAAGCUAUGCAUAUUAGAUGCUGCAUCGCAUAUGUUGUUGCGUCCCCUUGAGCUUGAGGUGUCUAGUGGUGAAAACGGAAGUUCUCAAGAGAAAAUUUUAGAUGCUAGUGCUAGUGAUGCUAGAGAUGGUGACAUUGAAGAGCCAAUUCAGAAGAAAGAGAGCAGACGAGAUAGCUUGAUGAGUGAAGGUCUCAACACCAGGGUGAUCUUUGUUUCUCAAGUUGCAGCUGCUGUGGCAGCACUGCAUGAGAGGUCCGUACUGGAACAAAAAAUCCGGGCAUUGAGACAUUCCCAACAACUGCAUAGAUACCAGCGGGUAAUGGAGCUUAACGAUGUGUCAAAGAGAGCUGAGGAUGAGAGAAGAAAGCGCUCGGACUAUAGACCAAUUAUUGACCACGAUGGUCUCCCAAGGCACCAACCAUCUAUGCAGGAUUCGGGCAAGACAAAGACUAGAGAGGAGUUACUGGCUGAAGAAAGGGAUUACAAGCGGCGCAGAACGUCAUAUCGUGGCAAGAAGGCAAAACGCAAUCCUUCUGAGGUAUUGAGGGACAUAAUUGAGGAAUAUAUGGAAGAGAUAAAGCAGGCUGGAGGUAUCGGAUGCUUUGAGAAGGCUACUGCUGAUGGGAUCCUUCUGCAUGGGCCAGCAUCAUCUUCAGACCUUGAAAGAAAGAACAUUAAUGAGCUUUCUAGUGCAACGAGGGUUGACUCUAGUCCGAGCCACGCAUAUAUUGAACAUAGAAGUGGAUCUAAUCCAUUUGAUGACACUUACUUGAAAUAUGAGCAACGGAGAAGGUACCCUGAACGUCCUGAUAGUCAGACAAGAGGAAAAGGCAGAGAGAGGCUUGACAAAGACUAUUACUCGCGAAGCCCGGAAAGGAGUAGUUAUGGGCGGUCUAGUGAUUAUAAUAGUUACAGGAAGGAAAGAAAUAGCAUGGACUUGCAUAAAAGUGAGCAUCAUGACUUCAAGAGGUCAUCCUCUGACAGAUCCUAUUAUCGAGAGUACAAAUCAUCUUCUAGAAAUUACACUGAAGAAGAAGAUUGGAAGUCAAGAAGUAGAGAUAGAAAACGAAGGAACAUGAAUGACAGAUAUAGCUCGGAUUUUGAAAAUGCAUUCGAGGAUAGAUAUGAUCCAUCCAAAUCAAGUGAUCUAUAUGAAGAUGAGGCAGCUUAGAUUUAGCACAGCAAACCAGAAAAGGUUAUAGUAUCUUUUGGAAAGUGAUUCUCCACUUCACUUUUUACAAUAGUAAGUCAUCCUGUUAGUGCCUUUUCGAAUAUGUUUGCUUGAUACUAUAUUUGAAGCUUACGUUUUGACUUGAGCAUGUAAAACCUUUGCAGUAGGAAAGUCGUUGGGCUUCAGUGCUCGUGUCUACAGCUGUAUCCUCCUUUGUAUCCACAUAUGUUGUUUCUUUUUCAUUCUCUUUCAGUUCUUAUUUCUUUGUCACCUCUUCUGGGAUUCCCUUAUCAUUUCUAAUGGAUUCCUGACUUUACAAUGCUUUGGCUUAGUCAUUUCCUUCUUCUGCUUUUGUUUCUAGAUUCAUGGCUUCCUGCAUUAAUCUCUUCUCAUGAUCUAACAAGAUUAACCCAAAACUAAUUAACAUGGACACGGAUAAAACAUUGGUUGUCAUUGAAACCUCAGAAGACUGAAAUAUAUUUAGUAAUAUAUUCAAGAUAUAUACAGUCAUAGCCAUAUAACAUCGUCAGCAGAUAUUGACGGGGUUUCAUAAACUAAUUGGUGGCUUAGGUGUAACUUAAAAAAGGCAUUUGCAUGAUUUCCAAUAGCUGCUAUUGCAUAUUUAUGUUCAGUUAAAUUUCAUGUGAUCGGGCUGUUAUUUCAGAUUGUCCUGAAGGUCAGAUCCUCCUGUUCCUUUUCUGACGAGACAAGUGUGGAUUGGCUUUGGAGAAUGCAACAAUUGCUGUGAAAUUUGGCAGAUUCGUUUCUACUUGAAAGAAUCUAUUUCCCACUACCAUCAAUGGCAACAGACGUGACUGAAGAGUCAAAAGAAUCGAGGAUGAAGCCUCAAAACGCUUGGCAUGAUCUUGUUUAUAGGGAGAUACUACUCAUUUCCUGCACGGAGCGGCCGGCACUCACUAAUGAGGGAGUAUCGGCUGUCUUGCGUAGGUUACUGUUAUUACAAGGAUGGUACGGUGGGGAAAUGCCACUAUAAGACACAGGAUCCACGGACUCUACAGCCUGUACAGAUCUGGGGUUCGUGGUACUUUCUCCACAGCAGAAACAGCGCCGACUUUCUCACUCAACCCCGCGCCCAAGGUUCCAUCCAAGGCUUAAUGGAAGACUGCAUUUCCUUUGAAGGCCCUCCAUAUUGAGAAGCUGGAAUAUUUAUGAUUGUUUCCAGUUUUUGCUGAUAUUAUAGUCCAUCAUGUGAUUAACUUUGAUACCAAUAGAUAUGAUAUGUUUUCUAAAGAUAAAGAGUUUGACCGGUGUCGCUUUCAGUAA